AUGCAUGUCCCUAACCGUGUGCUACGACAGUUUACGCUCUCUCAGCAUGUACCAGAUCCUGUUGAGCAGAUAUCUCGUCGGCGGCGACCUACUUCGCACCAUAACGACUGGGCCGUAGUCCGUGCGGCCUACAUAGACAGGUGGGCUCACAGGUAUGAUUUCAUCCAGGGUGCGAGGCCCACGGCUGUUGACUACACCGCAUAUAUGGGUUGGUAUUGGGAUAUCACACGUAGAUGGAUCACACGUGACCCACAGCCCUUAGCUGGACACAUGCCACGGCCACCGACAGACAGUUACAUCCCUAGUGGGAUGAACGAGAGAGAUUACGUCCAUGCUUUGGAUAGCAUUCAGGCUGAUAUUGAUGCGACCGUGCCUGAGAUUCAGGAUCAGGUGGCGUUAGGGCUCCUCGGCAGGAUCAAGAAGACCAUAGCACAGGUGUUUCAUAAGACUCACGUCGACGAGUUCGCAGGCCGUGAGGACAGGUCUCGAUCAUUUGGGCAAGCGUACACUCGGCGCCGACGGCCACGUGACGAUGACGGCGGCACUUCGCAUGCUGAUGGAGCCGGCACUUCGCAUGCUGAUGGAGCCGGAACUUCACAUGCUGAUGAAGCCGGCACUUCACAUGCUGAUGGAGCCGGCAAUAUAUUGCAGUAA